UUAUAUCUCUAUUAAAAUGUCUAGCAUUCGUUCAAUCAACCAGGAAUUAGCCAAAGUGGCACGAGAAGAACUCAAUGAGGUACCAGACAGGAUAUCUGAUGACCUAGAAGCUCUUAAAGAGUGGAUCCGGAAACAACCUCAUCUGCGAGCACGUACAGAUGAUCAGUUUCUCGUCGGAUUUUUACGAGGUUGCAAAUGGAGUUUGGAGAGGUCUAAAGAGAAGAUUGAAGACUUUUAUACUCUCAGAAGCCGAAUGCCUGAGCUCAUGAAAGAAAGAAAUCCUUUGGACAAGAGGACUCAAGAGCUGAUUCGAAAUGGAGUUGCCCUCCCACUUCCCGUAACAGAAAACCCUGGAAGCCCUAGGAUAAUGCUAAUUAGACCAGCGGCCUACAACCCAGAAAAGUUCACCUUCGCUGAAGUGAUGAAAGUGGGCAACAUGAUAAGCGAUAUCCUACUUUUGGAGGACGACAAUCUGAUGAUUGCCGGACAAAUCGAUAUUCUAGAUUUAGCCAAUGUUACUGCAGGCCACUUUCUGCAGAUGAGUCCUGGAUUAGUGAAGAAAGUCACUAUCCUGACCCAAAAAGCUAAUCCGAUGCGUCAACUAGAAACACAUUGUUUGAACACUCCGCCGGGAUUUGAAACAUUAUUCAACAUGUUUAAGGGUUUCGUAGGAGAAAAGCAGAGGAAUCGAAUCCAUAUUCAUGGGAACAAUAUACAAAGUCUAUUCAAGCAUAUUCCCCAGAGACUCUUCCCAGAAGAAUAUGGUGGAGAAGUUGGUAAAAUUGGGGAUAUCAUUGAUGUGUGGGAAAGAAAACUUGCACAAUACGCAGACUGGUUCGAGGAAGAUGAACUUAUUUACGGCGUGGACGAAAAUAAGAGACAAGGCACCUAUAGAGAUACAUCGGAGGAAUUUUUUGGUCCUGAUGGAUCCUUCAGAUCCUUGAAACAAUUGACACCUGAAUUGGCCAAGUUGGCGCAGGAGGAACUCAAUGAAGUGCCAGAAAGGAUAUCCGAGGAUAUAGCAGCUCUUAAAGAGUGGAUCCGGAAACAGCCUCAUCUACGAGCUCGGGCAGAUGAUCAGUUUCUCGUGGGAUUUCUCCGGGGUUGUAAGUGGAGUUUGGAAAGAGCAAAAGAGAAAAUCGAUAGCUUUUAUACGGCUCGAACAGUGGUCCAUGAAUUAAUGAGUCCUAGAGAUCCUCUUUUGGAGAAAAACUUAACAAUUCUUAGACUCGGUUAUCUGGUACCUUUGCCCCACACGGAAUUUCCUCACAGUCCACGUGUCGUUCUUAUAAGAUACGGUUGCUAUGAUCCAGACCAGUACUCUAUUGUUGAUGUACUCAGACUUAGUGUAAUGAUUGGAGAUUUAAUGCACCUUGACGAUGAUAAUAGAAUGUGCGCUGGAGAAAUGGCCCUUGUGGACAUGGAAAAUACAACAAUGAAGCAUUUCUUCCAAGUCACUCCAAUGCUAAUGAAGAAGCUUGCAAUGAUGACACAGGAAGCAGCUCCAAUAAGGCAGAAGGGUUUUCAUUUUUUCAACACUGCUGCAGGAUUCGAAGUGGCUUUCGGUGCAUUUCGGAAUUUGAUGAAAGAGAAACUUCGCCAAAGGAUGCCCAAUAUUCGUCCGAUUAGCUCGGAUUUGGCCAAAGUGGCUAAAGAGGAGCUAAAUGAGGUCCCAGAAAGAAUUUCUGACGAUCUCGAAGCACUAAGAGAGUGGAUUCGGAAACAGCCCCAUCUUCGCGCUCGAACAGAUGACCAAUUUCUCGUCACCUUCUUUCGUGGGUGCAAGUGGAGUCUCGAGAGGACCAAACAAAAGCUAGAUACUUUCUAUACAGUGAGGACUGCUCUACCGGACCUUAUUUCCCAUCGGGAUCCACUUGAAAAGAGAACUUUGGAUGUGAUCAGAAUGGGUUUUGUUGUACCACUACCUUUGACUGAGCGGCCGGACAGUCCAAGGAUAAUGUUAUUUAGACCAGGAGUUUACAAUCCCACACUCUACAGCAUUCACGAUAUGAUGCGGGUAAGCCUUAUGGUGAACGAUAUUUUGCUGUGUCGUGAUGAUAAUCGAACGAUAGCUGGUCAAAUUGGGAUUGUGGAUCUAGCUGGAGCUACAAUGGCUCACCUUGGUCAAGCAAAUGUGGUGUUAAUGAAGAAAUUUUCCAUGAUCACUCAGGACGCUUCACCUCUACGUCAGAAAGGUUUUCAUUUUGUCAACGCACCUUCGGGAUUUGCAACUGUCUACAAUCUAGCCAAGGGGAUGUUUAAUGAAAAAAUGCAACAAAGAUUCCGGGUUCAUACCGACAGAGAAUCUCUGUUUAAGAUCAUCCCUAAGCGACUUCUACCUAGUGAAUAUGGCGGAGAAGCUGGACCUAUUCAAAAGAUAAUCGAUGAUUUGGAGAAGGAUUUAAUAGCAGCCAGAGAUUUUUUCCGGGAGGAGGACAAUUUCGGAACAAAUGAGAAGAAACGAAUUGGUCGCCCAAAAAAUGCAGAAACGCUAUUCGGCGUAGAAGGAUCUUUCCGGAAACUGGCAGUUGACUGAACAAUAAUCAGAUGCAUUAGAUUAAUACAUUUAAGGUUUUUACCGAUUGGGAGCAAUUUUCGUCAAAAAUUAUCUUUUUUUUUAAUCGCCUUUACUGUUGUAGAAAACGUCAAAAUUUUGUCAAAAUGACAAUUUUUGACAAAAUAUUAACUUCUAAUAUACAGAAGCCAUAAAUCCUAUGGCAUUUCUAUGCAAAUUAAAUUUUUUUGGUUAUUUUUUUCUAGAUUCUAGAUCCUAUGAUCUUUUUUUCUGUUUGGUGUGAGUUUUAGAUAAUAAAUUUAACAAAUAA